CCCUCCGCAUCUUUCGCAAAGGCCAUCGUCAUCCAGCCACCAGACAACGAUAUGAUUACCAAUUUCCGGAAUCCCACCCUUUAAAUCAUCUAUUUCCUGUCUUGCCCUGUCCUGGCUCUCCUUAGCGUUCGUUUCCGGUCCCUAUCGACUACACUCCACAGAGAACAUCAUGACACCGGUGAGCGACGAGAAACCAGUCAUGGACGAAUCCUCCAAAGGCUUCGAUACUGAAAAGGCUACUUCAUUCCAUGGUCUUCCCCGCGAUUCGCAACUGGAGUUCAUCGAGGACCCGGACGAGGGCCUGAGUGAGGAGGAAAAAGCGAAGAUCGAUCGUGCUUUAGUGUGGAAACUUGAUCUGCGACUCAUUCCAUGGCUAAGUCUACUUUACCUGGUUUCUUUUUUGGAUAGAACCAAUGUCGGCAAUGCAAAGCUCGCAGGCCUCCAGAAGGACCUCCAUAUGACCAACUCGCAGUAUAACGCCGUGCUGACCAUCUUCUUCGCCUCAUACUCGAUUUUCGAACCUGUGACCAACGUACUUCUCAAGCGCAUGCGGCCGAGCGUCUUUAUUCCGAUUAUAAUGGCAAUAUGGGGAAUAUGCAUGACAUUUAUGGGUUUGGUACAUAAUUUCUCUGGGCUUAUGGCGGUGCGAUGGUUCCUAGGCCUGACUGAAGCGGGACUCUUUCCUGGUGUUGGAUACUUCCUGUCCUGUUGGUAUAAGCGAUCUGAAUUUGGCGUCCGCAUGGCCAUCUUCUUUUCCGCCGCCGCUCUCGCGGGGUCUUUCGGCGGAUUACUCGCCGCUGCGAUCGCCCUAAUGGACGGCGUGGGGGGCAAGUCAGGCUGGUCAUGGAUAUUCAUUCUGGAGGGGCUGGCUACGAUCAUUAUCGGCGUGCUGUCUUUUUGGAUGGUCUACGAUUUCCCGGAUGAGGCCAAAUUCCUGUCCGAGGCAGAUCGCAAGCGCGUCCUGCGGCGGUUGAUGGCUGACAAUCAGGCUAGUUCUGGUCAUGAGAAGUUCCAGAUGACUUAUUUCUGGAGCAGUCUGAAAGACUGGAAGACCUAUACCAGUGCCAUUAUCUUCAUGGGUGCGGAUGGGGCUUUGUACGCCUUUUCUCUUUUUACACCUACGAUCAUCAAGGAGCUAGUACGUUACACGGCGAUCCAGGCGCAGCUGUUCAGCGUCCCUCCCUAUGCGGCGGCUGCCAUCGUCACAGUAACGAUUGGUUUUAUCGCGGACCGGACCCGCCAGCGUGGCAUCUGCAACAUUGCGGUGUCUCUUGUAGGCAUCGCUGGGUUCUCGUUGCUUCUUGGAGCCAAGUCAGCGGGGGCACGAUAUGCGGGGACGUUUUUGGGUGCGAUGGGCAUCUACCCUGCGAUAGCCAACACCAUUUCCUGGGCCAGUAACAACACAGAAGGCGUGUACAAGCGCGGCGUCACACUGGGCAUAGUGAUCGGCUGGGGCAACCUGAACGGGAUCGUGUCGUCAAACAUCUACCGUGGGAACGACGCGCCCCAGUUCUAUCCCGGCCACGGCACCGUGCUGGCAUAUCUGGUGGUGUUUCUGUUCGGGGGGUCAGUAAUGCAAUACCUGUUGCUGCGACGGGAGAACGCGAAGCGGCGACGAGGGGAGCGUGACCACUGGGUGCAGGGACUUGCAGCAAGUGAGAUCGAGGUCCUUGGAGACAAGCGGCCUGAUUUUAUGUACACGCUGUGA